GUCUGACGACGGUUUGACUCCGGUUCACAUAGCGGCAGCAUGGGGAAGAGUCGAAAUUUUGAAUUUGCUCCUGGCAAGCGGAGGUGACCCAGAGGCUCGAGACGCCAACUGCAUGACCCCCCUUCAUUACGCUCGGAAGGAAGAUUAUGUGGAAUGUCUCGAUUUGCUAAGGUCUUAUUUGCCCAUCAAAAAUGAGAUCUUAAAGAAAGAGAAAGAAGACUGUGAAAAUGUUAAUUUUAAAUUAGAUAAGGUUCUUAUAAACAAUGGACGCACUAUUGGAGAAUAUGAAGUUAUUAACGACAACCAAACGGACAGUAUUAUAAAAGAGAAAUAUUUUGAAAACUUGAAAAACUUGCCUCAAUCAGAUACUACCGAGUAUGUAAUGAACUGGUUCAAUAAGCACGUUUCGGAAGAGAGUGGACAGAGUUUCAUAAAAUUUCCGAAAAGUACUGGGGGUAGCACCGCAGAAGACGGCUUUCUUUCAUUUGAAAGUUCGGUAGAUGAGUCCGACAAUGAACAUUUAAAAUUGAUUAACGUUGAAAAUAUUACUUUCAGGAAAUCUUACAGGAAAACUAGAAAUAACAAAAACAACUGCACUAAAGCAUCUAAGAAAGUCAAAUUUUCAAAGUUUAGUGGUGAUAACACUGUUGCCACAGACAUAAAGGAUAAAGCUGUAGAAUUUCCUGAUAUUUCAAUUUUUGAAGAUGCAGAAGAUGGAUCCAAGAUGUCUCAGUUUUCGAAAGAAAGUGGAAUUGUUACUUUGCCAAAUUCAAUUAAUGACGAAUCAAAUCUGUUUUGCGAUAAACCCCAGGAUAAUAGUCCUGAAAAGCAAACUAAUUUAUUGAAAUCCCGAGAGAUUAGUAGUGACUAUAUGACUUGUUCCAGUAACAGUUUGUUUGAACAGAACAUUUUUGACAUAACGGAAGAUGGAAGCGUUAAUUUGUUAACCUGUGAGGAUGCUGGUAGCAAUGAUGUAAGCUUUAUUAGCAUUUCGGAAGUUUAUAAGUAUGUAGACAAGGAUGAGGGGAUUGUCUUAUAUGAGAGGAGACUUCUGAAAACGCCCAG